ACAUUCACUAAUACAGCAACGAAGAUGAAGGUAUUAGUUCUUCUUUCCUUAGUAGCAUUCAGCGCUGCUCUACCAACACUUCUUGGUAGAACCGUUCUGGUCAAAGAAGAUGGAACUGUAACUCUCUUCGACUCUAGAGGUGUCGAAAUCGAUAUACUCAAGAGUGUUGUCGAUCCCAGAAAUGUCGAAGUCGUUCUCAGAGGUCCAAACACAAGAACCAAGGUAAUCCAAAUCGGAGAAUCACUUAGAACCAGAGACAUGAGCGACCGUUACCUCGUUGGCGUUUCAGUUAACCAAAACUACAACCAAGCUGAUGUUCUUACUGAUAUUUUCCGUCAGUAUGAAGGUAAACUUGACGACAUAAAAUACCACAGCCUUCUUAACAGAAUUCAAAUGUUAGUUGAAGCUGGACUUAUCAACGAAACCAUCUACGAUAUUAUCAGAGACUGGGAUCUUGAAAACCGUGUACAAGGAAUUAGUGACAUUGUCCCCAUCCAAGGAGUAAAUACUCUUCGUCAAUACGUUGGACAAGUUGAAGAUGUUAUGCCUGUUGGUGAACGUUUACAAUACGGAAUCCAAAGAAACUGGAAUCUUGACCAAGACUUGCUCCAACACUAUUCUCCACUUAGACAUUUCCAAACUCUACUUGGACAAAUCCAACAACAACGUGAACUUCAAACAGGGUUUAUGGAGCCAACAGCAAUAUUUACCUCAACAGUAUCUAUCUGGAGAAUAUCUUCUUGACGAUCAAAUGAACACUAACCAAAUCUUGAACCAAAUUUACAGACAACAACUUGGACAAAGUCCAUUGAACCGUUAUUUGGUAAACAUGAGACUUGUAAACGGAGAGCAAGUAUACGAAGUUCCCGAAGAAUUCGUUAAUGUUCAACUUCUUGAACAAAUCUUCGUUAAACAAGAAAUGAUCAACCAACAAUGGACUGAAAUCGCCGAAAAAAGGCAACCAAUGACUGAAGAUGUUCUCUACCAGCAACAACUUAUCAACGAACAGAUCGAAAAGCUUAUUGAACAAUUAGUUUAUCACCAAAAUCUGAUUACACGUGAAGUUGAACAAUAUAUUGUUAAAGGACAAGUAGUUCCUCAAGAGCUUGUAUACCAACAGAGAUUAGUUUACCAACAAAUUCAUGAAUUAGUCGAACGUUUGACCUACCAACAGCUCUUCAUAAAUCGCCUAGCCGAAAACAUUACUGAAGUCGAUACUAUUGCCCUUCAAAGAUGGAUUGUACAGCAAAAUAUUAUCAACGAACAAAUCCAAAAAUUAAUCCAACAAUUAUUAUUCCAACAAACUCACGUAAGAGAACAAAUCCAAGUAUUAAUUCAACAAGGACAAGUUAUCCCUCAAGAACUCGUCCUCUACCAAAGAAUUACCUACCAAUAUGUCGAAAGAUUUCUUCAAGUUUUGAUUAAACAAUUUGUUUAUCAACAAACCUACUUUAAACAGUUGAUCCAACUCUUGGCACAACAAAGACAUACCAUUCCCCAAGAAUUGGUUGCGCAAUACUUCAUUAUUUACAGGCAUUUAGUUCAGCUGAUUCAACACGGAGAUAUUGUACCUGAAGAAUUGAUCUACCAACAAAGACUUAUCCACCAACAGAUCGUACUCAUGCUCCAACAAUUGAAAGUUGUUCCCGAACAAUUAAUGACCCAGAUGGUUCCUAACACACAACAAGAACGUUUGUGGCAAACUCAAAACCUUUACCAAAGACUACCACGCGUGUAUUAAAGACUGGUUUAUUUGUAAUUUGUUUGUUAAAAUGAUUGUUAUAAUUGUUAAAAAUAAAUAAAUAUUUGUUUUUGC